AUGUCUUCCGAACCCCACCAAGCCAACAACAAAGAUCAUACACCCGCAGUACCUGGAUCGAAUAGUCUUCCAAGCUCCAAUCCUCGCAAAUUGAUUAUCAUAUCUCUCCUCACGCUAGUCGUUGGGAUAUUUAUCGCGGUAUUUUGGAAGAGUGGAUCCGCCGAGUUGUUCGCUUUUCGUCGUGUGAAACAUCCGGUUGCUGGUGGUAGUGUUUCUCGGGUUCUUUCUUCGUCUACUGCUGGGAAAAAUACAGCUGCGCCAACACAAAAGAUAUCCUCGGAUAUAUCGUCGAAGAUGGGACCGAAGACUCCUAUUUACUUUCUGAGCCAUGGUGGGCCAAACGUUAUGUACCAAGUCGAUCACCCUGCCUAUCGCAAACUAGGCGAAAUCGGCCGUGAAAUAACCACGAAGGUAAAGCCUCGCGCUGUGGUAGUUUUCUCUGCGCACUGGCAAGGAGGCAGGGAUACGAUUUACGUGAAUACGGCGGAGAUGACAGAUUUGAUUUACGACUUCUAUGGAUUCCCAGACCACUAUUACAAAGAGAAAUACCCGAAUGUAGGAAGCAAGGAAGUCGCGCAUAAAGUUCUGGACGCACUACAUGAUGCCGGAAUCGAGGCACAAGGCGUAAAGCGCGGACUCGAUCAUGGUGUUUGGGCAAGCUUCAAGUGUGCCUUCGAGCCGGACGAAAACCCCCUAAAUGUUCCCGUUGUCCAGGUCUCGCUCUUCGACACCGAAGAUCCAGUCCAGCACUAUCGUCUCGGAGAAGCGGUUUCGAGACUUCGCGACGAGAAUAUUCUUAUCAUCGUGUCCGGAAUGGCGGUACAUAACCUUCGCGAUCUGCGGUAUACAUUUGGGAAGCCGCAGCCCCUUCCUUACGCUGUUAGUUUCGACGAGGCGCUUAAGGAGGCUGUUACUACUUCUCCUGCGGAGAGGGAGAAGGCUUUGAAGGAUUUAUUGAAGAGGCCUGAUGCUAGACAGGCGCAUCCGACUUUUGAUCAUUUGUUGCCUAUUCAUGUUGGGGCUGGUGCUGCGGGCGAGGAUCUAGGGAAGAGGCUUUGGACAUUGCCGGAGGGGAGUAUGAGUUGGGCGCAGUAUCGGUUUGGGGAGAUUGGAGGUGCAAGUGCAAGUGCAAGUGGAACUGGGAAUGCUAGUUCGUUGUAG